AGACGCACCGGUAGAACCGCGGCCUAAAUCCUUGAAAUUCUCUUUAAUUGCAACUUCAAAAUAUCCAGUGGAGUUAAGAAAUAAAGCCAUUUCCACACUUCGCCUCGCGUGCGCCGCUUCUGUGGCUCUUCACGUUUGUUUAUAUUUUUAUUUUGUUUAAUAUUUAUUACCGUAAAUAAAACAUAGGUGUAUUUCAAAAUGGCCAGGGCUUUCGAAACGUUGGCCAACGUGUUCGGUGUGACCGUGUUGUUUGUAUGUUUCCAUAACACCUUGCAGCUGGUACCUUUGCCUGACUUUAUCCACCCCUGCGGCGAACUUACAGACGAAUGUUUCACCAAAGCCACUCUCGAUGCUAUCCCGGGAGUCGUCAGAGGUAUUCCAGAAGCUGGAAUACCAUCCCUGGAUCCCCUGUACCUGGAUAGGAACAUCACCAUGAACUUACCGGGAAACGUCAAAAUGACAUUCCACAAUGGCAAGCUAUCUGGAUUGAGUACGUGCAUACCUGAUAAAGUGUCGUCACGCAGGGAGAAACGUACGUUUAUAUUCGACAUACACUGCAAUUUUACUAUCAGAGGACACUACAGCAUCCUCGGAAGGAUCUUGCUUUUCAGUCUGGAUACUGAAGGGAGCGCUAAAAUCAAAAUCUGGAAUCAACACAUACAUUUAGAGGUCUUAGAAAAGGUUGUUAAGGACGAGAAAGGUGAAGGGCAUUACAAGAUCAAUUCUUAUAAAUACAAGGCUGAUUAUGGUUCAGAUCUCAAGCUUAAUCUUACGAACUUAUUUAGAGGGAGCCCUGCAAUCAGUGCCAACAUCCUUGAUGUACUUAAUUCCAACUCUCAACUUGUAGCCGCUGAGUUCGGAGGACCGAUCCUCGAUUACGCGAUAGACUAUGCUAUGAACGUCACACAGCGGUUCUUCAGUACAUACACCUACGAUCAGAUCAGCAAAGUGCCACUCACAGAUGAUUUCUUUGAGGACAAUUAACAUGUUAUAUGUUAGAUUUUAGACUGUUAGCAACUGCCAUCAUUGUAUUGACACAAGACUAAAAUUCUCGGCCUAGACGACGAGUAUCUUCAGUAUUUUAAACUAUAUUUUGCGGCAUUCGUAUCUUUUUAUUAAAAAGCUAACGGGAACCGUUCGUUCUCAGCGUAAAAAGAUCCUAUCUCCUGGACAAAAGCUAUCAAAAAUUUGCCAAGAUUGGUGGAAGUGAAGGUAUCUAGGGAAUUUUUCUAAAUCCCGUGGAAAUAAAGGGUGGUUAUCCGGUAUAAAAAGCAUCAUAUUCGUAUUUCCAUCACCAGGAUGAAAAUUUUAAAAUGGAUAUAAUAAUUCUUAUUUACUUUGAAGAGAUAAACGAUGGAACUUCUCAGCCAGUCAAUGUCAUGGUGCAAUAGUUUUGUAAAUAGUAUCUGUUGACUUUACUUUAAAAGACAAUAAAGCCCGUAUAUUUAAAGAACCUAUGAAUUAUGCAAGGUGAAGCGAAGGAUUAGAAGAAAACUAAAAUCAUACGUGAAAAUCAGUCGACCUAUUGAGUGAUACUCUGUAUCUACUAAAGAACCAUGGAGAAUUGGGAGGUGAGCGAUCUCUUACUAAAUAUACUUGUUAAGGGUAGGUAUACGAGGUCAGAAUCAAGUACCACUUAUUGGACUACUACUUGUGCAAGGUGCAAGGUUUACACGCGAAUGGAAGGAGAAUAAUAGACGGGUUUAAUGCUCUACACUGGAAUAACGAUUGUAAUAAAAGACUAAAACAAAGUAGAGUAUGCCUGCUUAGCAUGAUUUAAUGGCUGCUCUUGCCAAAUUUACGAAUUUUGUUCUCCAUCCAAAUAAUAGAGAUGCCCACUUUAUUUAAGUAGAUAUUAGAAGUUAGAUCACAUCGGUUUU